AUGUCGGGCGCCUCAGGAUCUAUUCUGUCCGGAUGGAAUGAUUUCCGAAGAAGUGGUAUUUCACAUGCUCGUCAACCAAGUGCAGAAGCAUUUUGGCGACUGUCUGGAGCAGUUACGGCGCUGGAUCGCUAUGUGGUGACUAUCUAUGAAACUUAUUUAGGCCUCAUCGGCAAUGAGCCGCUGCCUGGCUGGGAUGCUGAAGCUAAAGAUACAUUUUUAGGAGAAGUGGAUUUGUUUCACCGCACAGUGCUUGAACUGGAGUUGGCGGAACAGAUACUGGUGCCAGCCUUGCAGAUUCUCUGUGAUAAGCGGAUCAAAGAGCACGUCUCCCAUUGUUUAGCUAACGGGAAUACUCCGGGUGCUGGUGAUAAAGGGAAGCGCCAUCUGGACGUUACUUCCUUCCAUUCGCUGAGCUCAUUUCUUCACAAUGUCUUCCAACAAGACACGUCAGCGGAGUGUGCACCAUUAGACUUGAUAACCUCGCUGAUCCUUGAAUAUGCUACUCAGGAGUAUAUUCACGCUGUUAUUGAGAGCUUUUUCGAUUUGCUGCUGCAGUGGCCAAAAUCUCGGCAGAGCUUCAUGGAACUAAAAGAGCUGAUGGACCAUACGUCACAGGACGUUGUGCAUGGAAUAAUUGUUUCGCUCCAGCGCCAGUUUCAUUGUAAAUUAUUGCGUCCAGGACUCAAUACGCUAGAUAUCUUGGCCGUGUAUACGGCGGCAAUACGUGCGCUUCGUAUCAUCGACCCAUCUCGGGUAAUUCAGGAUCUGGUUUGUGAGCCUGUGAGAGUGUACCUGCGAUCCCGGCCCGACACAGUACGAUGCAUUAUGUCGCAUAUAACGCAUAUCAGUUCGUCACGGGAUCUUUAUCAUCGGAAAACCACGCUGCCGGCGUUGGAUGUGAUGAUCGAAGAGGAGGAAGCAGUCAUUGCCCAAAUGCAGCAUAACAUUAAGAGUGCCAUUUCCGACAUUGAUAUGGAAAACUGGAAAACUUGGAUGCCGGAUCCCAUUUACGCGGAACUGUUGCCGUCGUCUGCCAGAACAGACCGUCAGGCCGACACAAUAGAACUGCUAAUGAGCAUUUACGGUGGGCAGGAUGUAUUCAUCAACGAAUACCAGCUGAUUCUUGCUGAGAAACUCUUGGGGUAUUAUUCUUUCGAUUCAGAGGAAGAAUCUAAACAUCUCAAAAUGAUGACGAAGCGGUAUUCGGAAAAUCUGUUACAACGUUCCGACGUUAUGAGCCGCGAUGCCGCUGAUUCUCAGAAGUUUCACCAAAAAAUCCUGGAAAGGCUGGAACUGGGCACUAGCGAAAAACGGAUUCCCUUAGGCAUCCCUGUCAGUGCUUUAGUUAUUUCUCACAAUUACUGGCCAGAAAUCCGGACUGAGAAACUGCGCGUGCCAACAGUCUUGGAAUCGGCCAUGCUCAGAUACAAGCAGUACUUUGAAGAGAUAUCGCUGACUAGAACAGUGGAUUCUCGGCCGGAAUUGGGUCAUGUCAACUUUGAUCUUAUCCUGGACGAUGGACGGAAGAUGAAUAUUAAGUGUAACCCCGUGUAUGCCGCCAUUAUUCUAAAGUUUGUCGAGCAGCCCAGAUGGCCAAUGGAUGAUCUGGCGGAAGCGGUGGGAAUUUCUGCGUCGUUAUUAAAACGGAAGUUAAACUACUGGCAGAGACGCAACGUGCUGGAGGAAAGCGAGCCGGACGUCUUUUCCAUUGUGGCGGAAGGAUCAUUUUUAUCCGAGGAAGAUUUGAGAAGAAUGGAAGAUGAGGAAAUUGAAUCAGCUGUACGGUAUGUUGCGGAGAAUAAUCAGGACGAACAGAAUGUACACAUUCAGUUGCAAAUGUUUUGGAAAUAUAUGACGACGGUAUUGAACAAUGUGCCGACAAUAACGAUUGACCGACUAUUCUCCAUGAUAAGAAUGUUUAUCAUUCGGGGACAAACGAAGAAGGACGUUACCAUUGACCACCUACGGCAAUAUCUGGAUGCCAAAGUACGGGCGCGCGAAUUGGUGUUCAGUAAUAACCGAUAUUCGCUUCCGAAAAAAGAGGCCACAGCUUCUUAAGUCGAUUUGUUUUUCGUAUUUAUCGUAUUAUGUUAAGCACGUAACUCUGCGUGUUUAAUGCUUUACAAUUUUCGUUGCAGUUUUCUUUAAUAGCGAAAGUUUGAAGACAGGAACACCUGCCUGGGUCACUUGGUAUUUCGUACGGCUGUUUUUCAAUUGUGUACGGUGUUUUGAAGUGUUAAAUGUGAAUAAAUGUUUACACCAGCUUGUUGCGAAUUUAGU